AUGUUUCAAGGGUUACUUUUUCAUGAGCACAGGCUUACCAAUCCUGAUGUCACCUUCCCAUUCCUCACGCUUUUGAUAUCAGGUGCAGUGGGGCUGACCAAUCCUGAUGUCACCUUUCCAUUCCUCACGCUUUUGAUAUCAGGCGGGCACAACCUUUUGUUAUUGUCACAUGGGGUGGGGCAGUACACUCAGCUGGGAACCACGCUAGACGAUGCCAUGGGUGAAGCGUUUGACAAGACAGCACGUCUGCUAGGUCUGGACUUGUCGGGGCCGGGAGGCGGAGGGGCAGCAGUUGAAGCGCUGGCAAAGGAAGGAAACCGAGAGAAGUUCAAGUUCACUGUGCCGCUAGCGCGUGUCAAGAGCUGCGACUUCCCCCGCGUGUCAAGAGCUGCGACUUUUCCUUCUCGGGACUUAAAGCCAAUGUGGCUCGCACAUUGCACGUUUCCCCUGUCCAUGCCUCCUCACAUUCUUCUCCUUCCUCUCUCCUCAUCCCCACCCAUUCAGCGCGUGUCAAGAGCUGCGACUUUUCCUUCUCGGGACUUAAAGCCAAUGUGGCUCGCACAUUGCACGUUUCCCCUGUCCAUGCCUCCUCACAUUCUUCUCCUUCCUCUCUCCUCAUCCCCACCCAUUCAGCGCGUGUCAAGAGCUGCGACUUUUCCUUCUCGGGACUUAAAGCCAAUGUGGCUCGCACAUUGCACGUUUCCCCUGUCCAUGCCUCCUCACAUUCUUCUCCUUCCUCUCUCCUCAUCCCCACCCAUUCAGCGCGUGUCAAGAGCUGCGACUUUUCCUUCUCGGGACUUAAAGCCAAUGUGGCUCGCACAUUGCACGUUUCCCCUGUCCAUGCCUCCUCACAUUCUUCUCCUUCCUCUCUCCUCAUCCCCACCCAUUCAGCGCGUGUCAAGAGCUGCGACUUUUCCUUCUCGGGACUUAAAGCCAAUGUGGCUCGCACAUUGCACGUUUCCCCUGUCCAUGCCUCCUCACAUUCUUCUCCUUCCUCUCUCCUCAUCCCCACCCAUUCAGCGCGUGUCAAGAGCUGCGACUUUUCCUUCUCGGGACUUAAAGCCAAUGUGGCUCGCACAUUGCACGUUUCCCCUGUCCAUGCCUCCUCACAUUCUUCUCCUUCCUCUCUCCUCAUCCCCACCCAUUCAGCGCGUGUCAAGAGCUGCGACUUUUCCUUCUCGGGACUUAAAGCCAAUGUGGCUCGCACAUUGCACGUUUCCCCUGUCCAUGCCUCCUCACAUUCUUCUCCUUCCUCUCUCCUCAUCCCCACUCAUUCAGCGCGUGUCAAGAGCUGCGACUUUUCCUUCUCGGGACUUAAAGCCAAUGUGGCUCGCACAUUGCACGUUUCCCCUGUCCAUGCCUCCUCACAUUCUUCUCCUUCCUCUCUCCUCAUCCCCACCCAUUCAGCGCGUGUCAAGAGCUGCGACUUUUCCUUCUCGGGACUUAAAGCCAAUGUGGCUCGCACAUUGCACGUUUCCCCUGUCCAUGCCUCCUCACAUUCUUCUCCUUCCUCUCUCCUCAUCCCCACCCAUUCAGCGCGUGUCAAGAGCUGCGACUUUUCCUUCUCGGGACUUAAAGCCAAUGUGGCUCGCACAUUGCACGUUUCCCCUGUCCAUGCCUCCUCACAUUCUUCUCCUUCCUCUCUCCUCAUCCCCACCCAUUCAGCGCGUGUCAAGAGCUGCGACUUUUCCUUCUCGGGACUUAAAGCCAAUGUGGCUCGCACAUUGCACGUUUCCCCUGUCCAUGCCUCCUCACAUUCUUCUCCUUCCUCUCUCCUCAUCCCCACCCAUUCAGCGCGUGUCAAGAGCUGCGACUUUUCCUUCUCGGGACUUAAAGCCAAUGUGGCUCGCACAUUGCACGUUUCCCCUGUCCAUGCCUCCUCACAUUCUUCUCCUUCCUCUCUCCUCAUCCCCACCCAUUCAGCGCGUGUCAAGAGCUGCGACUUUUCCUUCUCGGGACUUAAAGCCAAUGUGGCUCGCACAUUGCACGUUUCCCCUGUCCAUGCCUCCUCACAUUCUUCUCCUUCCUCUCUCCUCAUCCCCACCCAUUCAGCGCGUGUCAAGAGCUGCGACUUUUCCUUCUCGGGACUUAAAGCCAAUGUGGCUCGCACAUUGCACGUUUCCCCUGUCCAUGCCUCCUCACAUUCUUCUCCUUCCUCUCUCCUCAUCCCCACCCAUUCAGCGCGUGUCAAGAGCUGCGACUUUUCCUUCUCGGGACUUAAAGCCAAUGUGGCUCGCACAUUGCACGUUUCCCCUGUCCAUGCCUCCUCACAUUCUUCUCCUUCCUCUCUCCUCAUCCCCACCCAUUCAGCGCGUGUCAAGAGCUGCGACUUUUCCUUCUCGGGACUUAAAGCCAAUGUGGCUCGCACAUUGCACGUUUCCCCUGUCCAUGCCUCCUCACAUUCUUCUCCUUCCUCUCUCCUCAUCCCCACCCAUUCAGCGCGUGUCAAGAGCUGCGACUUUUCCUUCUCGGGACUUAAAGCCAAUGUGGCUCGCACAUUGCACGUUUCCCCUGUCCAUGCCUCCUCACAUUCUUCUCCUUCCUCUCUCCUCAUCCCCACCCAUUCAGCGCGUGUCAAGAGCUGCGACUUUUCCUUCUCGGGACUUAAAGCCAAUGUGGCUCGCACAUUGCACGUUUCCCCUGUCCAUGCCUCCUCACAUUCUUCUCCUUCCUCUCUCCUCAUCCCCACCCAUUCAGCGCGUGUCAAGAGCUGCGACUUUUCCUUCUCGGGACUUAAAGCCAAUGUGGCUCGCACAUUGCACGUUUCCCCUGUCCAUGCCUCCUCACAUUCUUCUCCUUCCUCUCUCCUCAUCCCCACCCAUUCAGCGCGUGUCAAGAGCUGCGACUUUUCCUUCUCGGGACUUAAAGCCAAUGUGGCUCGCACAUUGCACGUUUCCCCUGUCCAUGCCUCCUCACAUUCUUCUCCUUCCUCUCUCCUCAUCCCCACCCAUUCAGCGCGUGUCAAGAGCUGCGACUUUUCCUUCUCGGGACUUAAAGCCAAUGUGGCUCGCACAUUGCACGUUUCCCCUGUCCAUGCCUCCUCACAUUCUUCUCCUUCCUCUCUCCUCAUCCCCACUCAUUCAGCGCGUGUCAAGAGCUGCGACUUUUCCUUCUCGGGACUUAAAGCCAAUGUGGCUCGCACAUUGCACGUUUCCCCUGUCCAUGCCUCCUCACAUUCUUCUCCUUCCUCUCUCCUCAUCCCCACCCAUUCAGCGCGUGUCAAGAGCUGCGACUUUUCCUUCUCGGGACUUAAAGCCAAUGUGGCUCGCACAUUGCACGUUUCCCCUGUCCAUGCCUCCUCACAUUCUUCUCCUUCCUCUCUCCUCAUCCCCACCCAUUCAGCGCGUGUCAAGAGCUGCGACUUUUCCUUCUCGGGACUUAAAGCCAAUGUGGCUCGCACAUUGCACGUUUCCCCUGUCCAUGCCUCCUCACAUUCUUCUCCUUCCUCUCUCCUCAUCCCCACCCAUUCAGCGCGUGUCAAGAGCUGCGACUUUUCCUUCUCGGGACUUAAAGCCAAUGUGGCUCGCACAUUGCACGUUUCCCCUGUCCAUGCCUCCUCACAUUCUUCUCCUUCCUCUCUCCUCAUCCCCACCCAUUCAGGAGGUGGCAGUGUUGCAUCUGCAGUCACGGGUGCAGAGAGCCAUUCAGGUGGCGAGGGAAUCAGCUCCUGCGAUUGACUCACUGGUGAUGGCAGGGGGAGUGGCGUCUAAUCAAGUCGUCCGCACUCGGAUUGCAGCAGUCUGUGAGCAGGCAGGAAUGAGGCUGGUGAUGGCAGGAGGAGUGGCAUCUAAUCAAGUUGUUCGCACGCGGAUCGCAGCCAUCUGCGAGCAGGCGGGGGUGAGGCUCGUGUGCCCUCCGCCCCGCCUCUGCACUGAUAAUGAUAGGUGUUGGGGCCAUCAGGUGGAGCUCAGACCGCGAUGGCCCCUGGCAGACCCCCCAUCCUCCCCAUCACACUCCAUCCUCUUUCCUUUUUUUUGUCCCCCACUCCCCUUCCUUGCCAUGCCUCUCCCAUUGAUUGACCAACAUCAGGUGGAGCUCAGACCGCGAUGGCCCCUGGCAGACCCGCCAUCCUCCCCCUCGCGCUCCGCCAAGCAAAAGCGCCUCUUCCCUUCCCUCUCCUCCUCCUCCCCUUCCACCCCACUCCUCUCCUCGAAUCCUCCCAUCACCUCUGCAACGCCCCUCUCCUCGUCCUCUUUCGACUCUCAUGCUGCGGCCACGUCAGUGAAUUGA